AUGCCUUCAAGAAGGGGAACGGCGCCUCGGGGCGUCGCCAUCGCCGGCACCGACCUAGUCGGGCUGAGCUUUCACCCGGAGCAAGCCCCCUCCCGUCGAGGCCUCCUACACCGGCAGGACAGCCAUAGCCGGCCCGGCACCCUAGCAGAACCCUUCCGCAGCAGCCAGCAGCACCUCGCCCGCGACGAACUGCCGCAGCAGCGGCACGGCGCCCAGACCGCGCCCUCCCCAGCACCACCGCGGCACACAGGGCCACACAGCGCCCGCCCGGACCACCCGAGCAGCAGCGCGCCUCCAUGGCCGCCCCCGCCGGCAACAACAAACUGCCACCGCGCCCACCCUCCGUCGCACCACCUCCCGGCUCCCCGCUCGCCGGACAACCAACCAAGGCCUAGAUCGGGCCCGGGUCGGCCCGCCCGCCGCCACCUGCUGCCGCACCACGGCCACACCGCCGCGGCCGCAGCGCCCAGCCGCACCACCCGCCGCCGCAGCAGACGGGGUCCCAGGGCCGCCGCCCCGGCUUCCUUCCUCCCAGCCGGCGACGCCCCACACGGGCCGGCCACCCCGACGAAGAUCUCGGACCCACCUCACCCCCUUUGA